GUCUCGAGUCUCGAGCAGCUUAGCCUACACCAUAAUAUUGAAUUAGGCUUUAGCCUAUUUCAGGAUUUGAAACUUACUUCAUUUUCGUCUUUCCCGUGUCUCACCAUCAAGAGAAAUUCAUUCGCAGUGGUUUGCCUCCAACAAACAUGCCCAAAAGUUGUCGGGUCUCUGGAAGUGUUGUGAAUAUGCUCUCAUAAUGUCAUUAUCUCAUAGAAAGUUGGAAAACGUUAUUCUGCGAAUCUGUGAUAUCUCUUAGACGUAGCAAGAACGUGUGUGCAUUCACUUGCACCUCAUCUGUAUUGCUUUGCUGUAUUUGCCCUCUGCCAGUUAGGGGCAUCCCGAAGUGGAAAACUAACCCUUACUUCACCAUGGGAACUAGCAGUUUUCUCCUCUGCCCGACAUGGCCAGGCUGACAACAAAAGCCAUGUAGGCAAAACAAUAAGCGCUUCAGCGCCUUUGAUCCGAAAUGGAUGAUAUUAAUGGCGAAUACCAUGAGGACUUCUUCAUGAAGGAGUUCCUCAUGGAGCCUUCCAAACCAACAAGAAACAUGUAUAGCAACAAUCUUGUGCAUCAGCAACCCCAACAACAGCGGCAGCCUUCUCAGCUUCAGCCCAACUUGAUGUACGGCUCCAGUUCUGGAAUGUGUGCCGUGCCUAAUGCUGCUACCUUCUCAAACUCCAACUGUUAUGAGAGCAACGGGGCUCUUGAUUCAUUAUCUAUGCACAAUGCCUCAAGUGUGGGCACUCCUAUGGUUUCACCCCACUACCUGCCCAACCUUGCAUCACACUUGCCAGGAAUGUCUUCCUCAAGUCUAAAUAUGCCCAGCUCCUCUUCCCGUAUGGGAUUGCCAAGUAACAACGCUGGGCUGAGCAGCAACAACUUGGGCAUGCCUGUUCAGGCACAAGCUGCUCUUGGUAUGAGUUUGAGUGGGAAUGGUCCUGGUGCCAACAGGGUUCCAUAUAACUCCUCAUCUAGCCAAUAUGCUGCAUCAUCGUCUAGUGUCAUGGGUAUGCAUCCCAGUGGCACUAUGCAUGGUAACAGCUCCAGCAACAUCCCAAUGCACAACCCAUCACCAAACAGCAUAGGUAUGCAUUCGAACUCAUCGGCUGGACUGGGGCUGCAUCAAGCUGCAUCUACAAACAGUAUGAGCAUGCACUCAUCCUCAUCAAGUGCAAUGGGUAUUCACCCGUCGUCUGGGAUGCAUUCAACACCGUCCCCCAGUGGGAUGGGCAUGCACUCCAGCCCCUCCCCAGUCAUGCAUCCUGGUACCUCCCCCAGCAACAGGGGAAUGCACUCCAGUGCCUCGCCAAGUGGAAUGGGCAUGCACUCCAGUGCGUCUCCCAGUGGUAUGGGAAUACGUUCCAAUCCUUCCCCUGCUCUGCAUUCUGGUGCUUCUCCUGGUGGCAUGGGAAUGCACUCCAGUGCAUCACCAGCAGGCAUGGGCAUGCACUCGAAUAUGCCCAGCCCUGCCUCAAGUAUGGGGAAACCUAGUGCCUCUCCGGGCAGACCCUCAAUGCCCAUUGCCUCCCCCAAUGUGUUAAACAUGCAAUCAACCACAGCAAGAAGUCCCAUGGCAGCAUCAGCAUCACGAAGUCCUUAUCAGUCAUCUCCAAGUCACUUUUCCAAUACAUCACCUGCAAACAUACCAAGUGCAUCUCCAGGUCGUCUUAGUAGGCCGAGCACUUCCCCAGGGAGAAUGAAUAUGAUGACUACUUCUCCACUCAGUGGUCAAGACAUCAAUGGUGCAAGUUACAGUGCGUCGUGUAGUGAAGGAAAUUCCCCUGCUGGAUUAGAGAGGCUCUCAUCUGGUGUAACUGUUAGUGUGACUGAAAGGGGUGGGGAAUCUUCAAAUCAGAUGAGACGGACUCCUCCUCUUCAGGAUGUGUUAACCAUCACUCCCGUGCAGGACCCCUAUGGACAAGCUGGAACCUCUGGCAAAAAAGACCCAACACAAGUGAAGAAAGUCCGUCGGAAGAACACUGAUGAACCGGGAUCUAAGUCAAAGAAACGGAAAGCGGUCAGAGCUCAACUUGUUUCUUCUGAUCCUCGAGGAGAGGCAGGUUUUGGUGCACCUAGUCUUUAUGAUUUAUUAACUCAGGAAAAUCCUUGUGGUGAAGGAUCAUUGCUCAGUGUGGGUGAGAUUCCUAGUGGUACUGCACAUUAUGAUAUUACUACUGGUCAAGGUACAGUGAAACGCGGACGAAAAAGGAAAUCUGGUGAAGGGGCUCCUAAACCCUCUACUAAACAGCGGACUACAGUAACCUACCAGAGCCAAAUUUCAAGUCAAAAUGGAAUUAAACUUAAAAUUAAAAAGUCAGAACCGGUGAAAAAGCCUGCAAAGCAGAGAGUCCGCAAAAAGAAAGGCAAGUCUGCAGACUCUGAUUCUGAUGGUGGUCAUCACAGACGGGUCAAUCACAAAUCUGUUGUGGAAUCAAGUGAUGAUGAGGGGAGAGAACAGAGCCCAUGGGGCACUGAAAGUCUACCAAAGAAUGUUCUGCACAAAAUAUUCAAAUAUGUUUCUCAUGAUGAGGGAUGUGUACCUUUCCUUGUCAGGAUGCAACGAGUCUGCAAACAAUGGAGAGAAGUAGCAAUUACCCCAGAUCUAUGGCAUACUAUAGAACUUUGUAGUACAUGGGUACGAGACAGGGCCAAAAAUCAUCACACUUUCCGCUGGCUGUGUGAAAAUAGAUUGACCAGUGUUCGUGAGCUCAAUCUAGGUGGAUGGAAAUUUUCGGGUAUUCCUUCUCUUCUAGAUGUUAUUGCCAAUAAUUGUGUGGAGCUCCGGGCUCUCAAUUUAACAGGCUGGCAGGGGCUCCAUAUAGAACAUAUUUUAUUCAUUGUUACUAACUGUCAUAAACUGAAGAAGUUGGACCUCUCUGGUGUCAAUCCUGAGGCACACAAUAACAAAGGUGCUGUGUCUUUGAGUUCAAUGCAACAUUUGACAUCUGUCAUGGGAGAUCGUCUCACCCAUCUUGUUUUGGCAAAUAAUAAACUAGCUGGUGUUCCGCAGAUAAUUCAAGCUAUUGCUGGAUCAUGCUCGAACCUUGAGGUUUUAGAUAUGUCAAGUGUUCGUACAGUAGCUCAUGCUACUGCCCAAAUUCAUAUUGAAAAGCUUCAGGAAGGCUGUUCAAAACUUAGAGUCCUUAGAAUAACUAAUAGUCAGUUUGCACUUGCUCCUGUUACUAUCAAAGAACAGGUCGAAUCCCCAGGAUUUCCUAAUUUAGAAGAAUUAAGUGUUGCAUCUCCUCAUGGUCGCAUGGAUAGCCUUGCAACUUCUCAACCUUUCAUUGAUGAUGAUGCCAUUGGCAGAAUUCUGAAGACCUCAAAUAAAUUGCGCUUGCUUGAUGUGCGCGGAUGCAGCAAAAUCACAGAUUCAAGUUUAGUUCGAAUUCCUGCUUGGGACCUUGAGCAUUUAUAUCUCUCUGGGUGCUAUGCCACAAGAAUAUCAGGCUCAGGUCUGGAACUUAUAACUCAAAAAUGGGGUCACAGCCUUGUGGAACUUGAUUUGGCCUGGAGUUCUGCAACCGAAGCAUUAGACAUGGCGGUCAGUGCUUUAGCUGAAGUGCCAGAAAAAGGAAUUAGAUCACCACUGAGAAUUUUGAAUUUGUGCGGAUCAUCAGUCAGCCUUGAGCCAGUCAAGGCCGUUCUCAUAAACUGUCUGAAUCUUUUUUCCUUGAACUUGGCUUCAUGUCGUGCGCUACCCCGUGGAAUGAAACGACACUAUGAAGGCAUAGAACUUGUUGAACUCCGUUCCCAGUAUGAAGACAAGCCUCGUAAACCUAAAGGUGAAGAAUGCCACUCUCACAAUGAGGAGGAAACUGCUGCCGGCGGUAGUGCUCACGUUGAUACUGUAAACGAAGUGAAAUCUGAGCCAGGACCUGAUUCACCUGAUCUUGAGAUUCAACAGCAAAUCAAAGAAGAAUCUGAUAAUGAUGGUGAUGAUCCUGAGGCUGAACUGAACCUUGACUCGGAUCCAGAACAAGAUCAAGCUUAUCAAGAUAAUGACAAUCAUGACCUGGUGGGAGAUCAAAGGCAAGAUAGUUACUCUAAAGAUUAUGGGAAAGAUUUAGAGACUUACAGAGUUAACAAGUCAGACGUUAAAGAAGAAGAUUCCUUCUCUGGAACGAAUUCACCUACCAUGGGUUAUGAUGAACCUGACAGACUCAAGACUGACUCCUUCUUGCCAGAGGACCCUAUACACCAAACCCAGCCCUCUGAACCGCCUCCCAUGUUAGAUGAUGAAGUAAUGACUCCUGAAGAUUUGCAAAUGGUGGCAGAGGCGCUAGCAAACACCCCUGAUGCUGACCGCAUUGCAGCAGCUGCUGAAGCUGAAGCGGGUAUGACCCCCACAGGACGCUCUACUCCUAUUGCUGCAAGCUCCACUCCCCAUUCUGGAACUUACUCGGAAGCUGGUACUCCAGGACCGUCUGGAACAUUGUCUGAGGCGGGAACCCCCGGCCCCGCUGGCACUUUCUCUGAAGCCGGUACGCCUGCACCUUCUGGAACCGAGUCCGGGACACCUGGCACCCCAGGGACAGCAACCACAUCAGGUACCACUCCUCAGCAAGGAACUGAUGGGGAUGGAGAGCUUUUGGCAUUAGCUCAAGAUGUUAAGUACAGCUUAGACAACCACCUCAAUUUCUCAUUUUCGGAACUAGAUUGUGGUACAACCCUCCAGUGACUUAACACAAAGUGGUCCCACCAGCUAGUGUUUUGGGUUAUCCUCGGUGUCCAUGUUAACCAAUUCUUGGCCACACUGAUAGAACCUGCAUAGUGUGCCUGCACUUGCUUGUUCUAAGGCUGUGGCUUUAUGGAGUGUAUAUCUGUGAUCCUGUUUCUGGUUAGGAAUGUUCUCCCAAGAGAAGGUUCCUUGUGCAAUUAUGGUAUCGGAUUCAAGAGAGUGUUAGCCCUUAUUUAGUUCAAUUUUGUUUUCCAAUGUCUGUAGGUCAGUGGGCUUCGAGCUAAUUUUGUUGUGAUAAAAUUUGUGUUCCAACCCACUCUUCACUGCCCAUUACCCUGAAGUUUGUUGUUCCCAGGAGCUCUUGGGUAGCUCCAUCAUUAUACAAUUCUAGUAUCGAAAUUGAAACAUCACUGAUAGAUAAUUUUCUAAUUCCAAGUUUCUCUUGUGUAACAUAAUGUACAGAAAGUUUUCCUUGUUUUGCAAAGAUUUCCUUUGUUUUCCUUUUACAAGCUUACUGUGAAGAAAUGGAUGGAAUAGUGUGAUAUUUGGUAAUUUCUUUUAAGGGUGGUACAUUUUUGUCUUAAAUGCUGCUGUUUUGUGGUGAAUGAUGAAUUUCUUCAUCAACCCUGAUGAAAGUUCAUGUGAUUUGUCUGGCGUGUUUGAAUAUAUAUUUAUUUGGAUGUAGAAUAUGUUUAUGUUGGCAUUAUAUAUUUUUAUAUAAUUUGUAUAUUUUUAAUUGUUUUAUAACUGUUCAGGUCUCUUUGACAUAGUUAUGUUUGAUUGAAUGUUACCCAUACGAGCAAUCUCUAGCUGUAAACAAAGCCUUCUCAAUCUAUUUUUAUUGCAAAGUUAUUUUGCAUGUCCAAAUGUUAUGUUUCCGAUUUGUUCAGUUUCUUCCCUUUCCUGUCAUUAAUCUCACUAAGGAUGUUUAAUGUUGUUUUUAGUUAAUACUUUUUUAAGUGUGCAACUAUUGCUUGUCGUGCCUGAUUGCAAGUGAUCUUACACCACUUAAAAAGGCUUUGAUGAGCCUCUUCCAAACUUUUGUCCCUCAGGACACUGUUUUUCUGAGACAAGCAGGCUCAAGGUUGAGAGUCAUAUCAUUUGUGUGAAGGUAUGUCUCUUUCUCUUCUCAUUUUCCAUUCACCUGUAGUAUUUUGAUUUGUGCCCUAUUUUAUGUGCCAUGUGGUUUUUAACCUGUGUCAAAAGCACACAUUUCUUUUGCAUUUUACAAUGUUGAGGUUGUUCUUUCUUUUUAAAAAAAUCUCUUGUUCCUCUCUUGUUUUCCUUUUUUUGAAUUUCAAAAAUCCAGGUUGGAAUAUUUCUUAUCUGGAGUUAGGAAGCAAAGCUCAUGAUGUCGCCAUGCUUUUGUGUAUAUUUUGGAGGAAAUCCAUUCAUGCAUUCAUGAAAGAGUUGCUUUGAGAAGUCAUUUUUAAUGUGGGCCAUACAUUAUGUUUUUAGGGAAGAGUUCCUCCUCUCCCCCCCCCCCCCCCCCAUUUUUCCCUCCCCUUUCAGGAGUCUCAUGUGUUCAUGUUGUCUCAUUAGUGCUCAUCUCUUCUCCAAAGUGUGUCGAAGAAAUGAGCUUCGCUAAUGUGAAGUCAAUUUAGUUUGUUUGCAGAUCCCAGUGUGGUGUUGUAGUUUACAUUGCACUGUUCAUUUAAUUUUUUUUUUUUUUCUGCUUUUCUUUAUCCCAUGAGUAUUGGAUUGUACUCACUCUCUGAAACAUUGACCUUGCUUGUUGUAUGUUUGUGAUUUAUCAUGUAGUCUGUCCUUAAUCCUGAAGUAUUUACUUGUGUCAUCAAUGAACUGUUAUUAUCUGAAGUUCGAUACUGUAGCUUUAGAAAGAUUUGACCUCUCAGAGUUGCUCUUUGAUGAAAAUUGACCUCCUGUUAAACUUUUUAGUCUAACUUUAACUUGUAUGAAUUUGAUUGCAUUUAUAUUUGGUUGAGCCAUUGAUUGAUUGCCUUUUGCUCACUUUGGUUUUUAUGUAGAUUGUGAGGCUUCACAUGGAUGCAUGUGUUUUUUGUUGGGUUUUCUUUUCUUUUUUUUUUGCCAUUAGACUUAAAUUUUUACUGAAAGUGAUAUUGUUUUUGAUUUGUCCGAAAAAUAACCUGAUAUGUGAACUUUUGGAUACAUUGCUGGUAAAUUUAACGGUACCUCCUUGGAACUUCUCACCUGUUGACUCCAGCCAUUUACAUUAUUUCCCUUUUGUUUCAAUCAAUGGCCGUGGAUAAUUUAUUGUUACUGUUCCGUUGAUCCCUUUAUUUGUCCUCCAUAUGGGAAUUAUUUGUAUGGUGUCCACAGCACAAUACAUGUCUCAUGUGUAUUCCUGUAAUAAAAUUUUCUCUUGCUUCCUUCCCAAACAUUUCAUAUUUGUCUUCUUUGCUGAAUUUAAUUUCUGUUGUUGAUUUUGUUGUUGACUGAUGUACAAAUUUAAUGCCAGCUUUUUCAUUGUAGUCGGGCAUUUCUGAUUUUAACCUGAUCUUAAAAUUGUGUCAUACUGUACUUUGAACUCAGCAGUUCUUCCAUGCUGCUGGUAAAUUGUUGAAUUUCUAAUUUUGCCUUUAAAAGUGAAGUGUGCGGUGUAGAAGCAAUACGCUGUCAUAACUUAGCAAACUGUAGGUAAAUAAUUUUGUUUUAUAGAUCAACCAAAAUAUAAAGUUAACAUUGACGCAUAAAUGUACUGUAAUGUACUGCUUUGCUUCCCUCUACAGAUUAAGGAUCACAAGUAGUGGAAGACCUUCAUAUUUUGGUGUGUCUCUAGAACGUAAAUUAGAUUUUAUUAAAUGAAACGUUGGCGUUGUUAAGAAACAUUUGUUGCCUGACACAUGUUGUUUGAUGUACCAACACCACCUCAAUAAUAGAAUUUAGUGACUGUUAUAAUGAUGGGGUAUAGUUGUGUUAAAGUUUCCGUUAUGGAGAAGCAUGUGAGAGAGUAUAUGCUGUACAUGCAUGUUGAAUUGUUAAUAUUCACAUACGUAACCAAUUCAAGUACCUUACACAUCUGUACAUGUGUCAACUUAUUUAUUGUACUAAUUAAGGAGAAAAUGUUAAAUGUAUCAUAUUACAUAAUGUAAAUAUUGUUGUAUUGCUUGCCAAUAUAUAUAUGCCUUAUUGUAAAUUUUAUUCAGAUUUAUAAACUUCAAUAAUAUGUGUACAUUUGUUAGUUGUUCAACUUUUACUCACAUUUUUGUUUAAGAAAUUGUACAUUUGUCGUCUAAAUCAAUAAAUGGAGGUCUUGUUAUUUUUAAAA